AGUAUAAAAGUGAGGCUGUGGCAGAUUUCGCUGGCUUCCUCGGAGCCCACUUGCCUCUCAAAUCUGUGCUGUUAGAAACAUUUAUCCAAUAUUUUCUUUCAUACAGCAUGGCUACAUCGAGUUCAGUGAGCCAGCUCUAUAAAACUGUAGUAGAAGAUGUAAUCACCAAUGUAAAGGAAGCCUUCCUCGACGAGGGAGUAGAUGAACAGGUGCUCACAGAGUUAAGACAGCUAUGGGACACCAAGUUGACAUCCUCCAAGGCUCUAGAUGCACAGACUGCAGACCAAGACAUGCUUCCAAAAAUAUAUGUACCACAUCAGCAGCCACAAGUAAUGGUGACUGGCACGACGGCGGUGCCACAGGCCAUCCCGGUCCCUAUCCAGAUAGCAGCAGGAACAGGACAGGACAUGCUAAAGAGAAUUUCGAUUAGACCCCAAGGUGCAGCAGCUACAGCUACCAUGGCUCUGCCGCAGGGUCUGUUCCAUCACCAACUAGCAGCUCUCAACUCAGCUGGAAACACCAUCCUACAUACAGGUAACGGGCAGUACAUCCAGGUGUUAUCGCAGCAUCUCCAGCAGGCUCCUCAAGCCACAGCCAUCACCACGAUCCCCCAUCAAACCAUAAUUCAGAGUGGGCAAAUGCAAGGCCAGGUCCCAGGAAUGACCAACAUACAGAAUGUUCAGAUUGCGCCAGGACAGCAGAUACGAGCACAGAAUCCAAAUGGCCAGGGGAUGGUUCAACUGGACGGUGCUGGUGACACAAGUUCGUCUGAAGAUGAUGAAUACAACGAUGAUGACGACAAUGAUGACAAUGAUGAUGAAAACAAUGAAGAGGAAGAGCAGGGGGAGGAAGAGGAACCAUUGAACUCUGAAGAUGACGUGAGUGAGCAGGACCCAGACGAGUUGUUUGAUACAGACAAUGUGGUUGUCUGUCAGUAUGACAAGAUAAACCGCAACAAAAACAAGUGGAAGUUUCAUUUAAAGGAUGGCAUAAUGAAUCUCAAUGGUCGUGACUUUGUGUUCCAAAAGGCAACAGGUGAUGCUGAGUGGUAGUGAGAGCCUGUGAUUCCUCAUCUGUACAGUGACUGUAUAUACAGUGUACAUAUCAUAACCCUCACUCAGAUUGGAAGUCAGUGGCUGGUGGGAGGUUGUCCGGAUCUGCAAUAUUUCUACAUGUGUUUUUGGGCCUUAAAUGACACCGUGAGCUGAUGUAUUGACUUUACGGGACCUCAUUCAUUGAGUUCUGUCCCCCAGUGCUAUGAUCACAGCACAGAUUUGAUGUGAUGUUACAAUUAAUGAUUGAAGAAAUAUUCCGUUUGUAAUGAUUUUAUGCCUUGAUACAAACACUGAUAUUUUUGUACGGUGGAGUCGCCAUGAGACCAUGUUGGUGGUUCAUUACAGGAUGAUGUACAUACAUACCGAUGUUCCUGUAAUUUAACUUCAUGCUUAAUGACAUAAUGAUAAAACAUACCUGUAUCGGUGACCAUGACAUUGAGGUCCCAGGGUCAAGUAGGUCCCCAGUACACCAAGGUUGGUACCAUUUGGGAAGAGUUGUUCCAAGAGUAGGACCCUGGAGAUCCAUGUCCGUGUCGUCCAUGCACAGAUUAGGUUCCCAAGGAAUCCUCCUUUCAUAGGAUCCUGGGAAAGUGGAAGCCCCAGUAGACCAAGCUUUAGUACCAUUUGGGGAAAGUAGGACUGGAUUACUGUGUACUUGUCCAUGAGCAGAAUAGGUCCCUAGGGUAAAGCCUGGGGUAACUCAGUGAGAGUCAAAUUGCUGUGUUGAUGGUUGUGUGUCAUCCAAGCUUCACAGUGUGGAUGAGUGCCCUUGCAAUUGACCACUGAUUGCUCUGGGACAAAGUCUGUUAUUUUAUUUUAUUUUACGAUGAGUAUGUAUAUAUUUCAGAAAAAGGCUUUAUGUUUUGAAGGUUUUUGAAGUAGCCAAAGGCUAAAUUCAAUGCAUUUGAUCAAUUAUUUUUAAAGAUUGUCUUUUUCUUUUUCUUUUUUGGUAGUGUCAGCAUAUGUUUUUCUAAUCCUUAAACUUGAAUUGGCAGUGCAAAUUAGUAUUGAUUUAAGAAAGAAUAGGAAAUGUUGCCUAAUAUGCAGUCAUCAAUAUAGUUUUGGAAGUGUGGCAUUACACAUCACUCUCUCACUCUGAUAUGUGUUCCUUCAGUCAGAUUCAAGCCUUUCACUGUACUUCUAUUCUUUCAAUGGGCAGACUCCAUGCAUGAAAUCCAUAUUCAUUUUCGGCAUGUUUCCUGGUAGCUGAUCUGGUGUUGUCACGAUAAAAAACUAGUCCAUAUUAUUUCCACAUGGCCUGGAUAUCCAUACUGGUGUUGUAUGUUCAGCCAUAUGUUUGUGUGCAUCGCAAUGACAUGUAUAGUAAUGACAGCAUUGAACAUGACUAAUGUUGGUUGUCAAUAUCUGCAAACCUCCCUUCCAUUGUACAGUAGGGACGGUGGGGUAGCCUAGUGGUUAAAGUGUUGGCUCGUCACGGCGAAGACCCGGGUUCGAAUCCCCACAUGGGUACAAUGUGUGAAGCCCAUUUCUGGUGUCCCCCGCCGUGAUGUUGCUGGAAUAUUGCUAAAAGCAGCGUAAAACCAAACUCAGUCAGACAGUCCAUUGUACAGUAGUCACAUGGUAGGUCCAUUGAUCAUGGGUCAGAAUCAUUCUUAGUGUGUGAGCAUGGUUAUUAAAUCAAAUUAUCUGUUACAUCAGAAAGGGGUUUACGGUAUGACUGAACAUUUGAAACCGUUAUGGUUUAAAUCAAAAUGGUAAAUGAUGGGUUUGUUUGUACAUAGUAAAGGUUGGGGAAUGUAUAUUGUAUUGAUUUUAUUUAAUGAAAAGUGUCGGGAGAUGAGCGUUGUCAUGAUCCCUUUCAGUUUGUUGUUGAAUGCGUCCCUGAAGUUGUUGCACCUCGUGCAGUUUCAGGAGAGAUUGUCCAAAGAUGGCCAUUUGUAUAAAAGUUACGUGAAUGUUUAUGAUCUGUUCGAUCGCGAUGAAUGUAUGUUGUCUAUACUAUGUAAAUCAUUCAAAAUAUUGCUUCUAUUGUAAAGGUUCAGUGCGGUAGCCUAGUUGUUAAAGUGUUGGCUUCUCACGCUGAAGACCCAGGUUUGAUUCCCCACAUGGGUACAAUGUGUGAAGCCCAUUUCUGGUGUUACUCACUAUUAUUGUAAAGGCUUGUACAUUAGGUAUAACAUCCAGAUGCAGACAGUAUUGUUUCUGUCAAUGUUCCAAACAGGGAUUGACAAGUUAUUUGCAUAAAAAUACUACAUUCUGUGAGAAGACCCUUUUUACUAGUCUCAAGCGAACUGACUAUCGACCUUGCUGGUGAUUAAAAUUUUAUCUGUU